AUGAAUGAUCAACUACUGAUUCGAACUUCCGAUAGAGAUAGCGUAUACUCCUUUGACUCUGUGAGCACAAACGAGAGACUUCUUGAUAGGCUAGACUUUGAUAAUGAAUCAAUUAGAUCAACCAGAAGAGAGAGUUAUUACAACGGAGAUAGUCGAAUGAAUGAUAGUAACAAUAAUAGUAAUAAUAUUAUUCUAUCUCAGGCACUUCAACAACAGCAACAACAACAACAACAACAACGACACCACCACCACCACCAGCAGCCUUUGAAUACAUUAAAUGCGCUUAGAAACUUACGAGCUACUCCUCAACUACAUAAGCAACAUCAGAAUCAACGCCUUCAGCUGCAGAAUGCAAUACAGAAUACAGUACAAGAUAGCCUCGACAGUCGACCUUGGGAUGGUCGGCGAUUACCCGUGGACACUAACCAAAAUCUGAGAUUCCGCAAUAAAGAUGGCCCUUCCAAUAAUUACCAAAACCAGUACGGAAACCAUUCGCAAGCCUCAAACAUCAAUCGGUUGCAAAAUCAGCCAAUUCUAAACUCAAAAAAAGAGCCACAGAUUAAGAUUGUUGCUGCAAAUCCAGUGUAUGGAAACACAAACAACUCGACGGAGACGAUUCGAUCAAAAAUGGCACUGUUAAAGGAAACGCCCAUUCCAAAAUCAUCAUCAAAUAUUGUCAUUGAUAAGACCCAGCUAUUGUCUGGAAAUGAUCGCUUGGGUGGUAGGUCCUUGACUUCAACUCAGUCAUCAUCAGAUUCACUUCAAACACUUGGAACAAUCACAGACACCUCAUCCUUUGUCACCGCAAACCCUAUACCUUUCCAAUACCAGUCCAAUCCUACAUCAAGUAUUCCCAUUAGCGAGAUGGAAUACUUAACAGUUAAAGAAAACGAGAAUGAUCAGAUAUUACUGUUUGAAAAGCCUCUUAAACACCAUUUCCUACCUCAUUCCGUCUCCAGAUCAUCAUCAGACCAGACAGUCAAGACAAUUUCUACUUUUGAUACACAGAAAAGCUCUCGUCAAAAGAGGUUAUCACUGGACUUGCUGUACACUUCGCCAAACUCAAGCCGGUCUAAUUCGGGUUCAAGCCUACCACUACAACAACAACAACAACAUCAUCAUCAUCAUCAUAGUCAUCCUCUACAUUAUAAUCAACAUCAACAUCAAUAUCAAGAUGCCCCACAUGCACCGGCAUCCACUAAUGAACUUGACCCCGUAUCUAGAACCGUGAUUGCAAUGGAGUUGCGAGCACUUAACAAGCACCGAGAGGCAUCUUACCAAUUACAAAUUGCAGCCAACGAACCUCAUAACUACCCAAAGGCAAUGUACCUUUAUGCUAUGGCGUUAAAAUAUGGUCAAGGUGUAAAACAAAAUCAUGCAUCAGCCAUCAGAUGGCUAUCCAAAUGCAUCCUCAUAGGCUCGAUAUCUUCUUCGUCUUCGUCUUCGUCUUCUUUUUCUGAUGAUGAUGAUAAAAAUGAUGAUGCGCCGGGGUCAACACUGUCUUACAAAGCCGCCAUUGUUUCGAAAUUGAACAAAUUGGAGCAACAAGAUUUGAGCCAAUUGAUAUUCUCCAACCUCAGUAAUACAGCUUCUACAGACUGCUAUAGAAAUGGAACGGAUCCGGAGUCAUUAUAUCAUUCAUUCAAGUUGAUGAACAAAUCGCAAAUCAACAAGAUCAAUGCGGCAAACAAGAGCAAAUCUGACAUUACAGCCCAGAGCUAUUUCGAACUAGGACUUUACUUGUAUAACUGCUGGGGCAAUUCCCUGUCUUUAUCUUCUUCCCCGUCCCUAUCAUCUUCGUCUUCGUCAAGUGCGGCCACACACGCCACUGCCAAGGCUGAUGAACAAAACGGCAUAAUGUGUUUGUCAAAAGCUGGCUCAAUGGGUAAUAUAGAUGCAAUGGAACAAUUGGGUGAAAUCUAUAGCACAAAAUCGAAACAUAGAAAGAAAGAUUUGCCCAAAGCAGCUGCAUGGUUGAGAUGCGCUGAGAUUUUCGGUGUCAAAAGUAUUGGGAAUAGCUGGAUCUAUAAGGAUAAGUAUGUGAGGAUUCCGUAG